UGUUGGCCUGUGUGAUACUAUAUUAUUCUACUCUCCUGAUACACCAAGGAAAAGGGCCUAUAUGGUAUACGAUGAACGAAAAAGAAGAACAUUGUAAUAAAAAUUGGUGGGCUGGGCUUCUUCACGUUACAAACUACAUUGACCCAAAGUGUGUAGAACAGAGCUAUUACGUCGCCUUGGAUUUCCAGUUCUACCUGCUGUCUCCGUUGUUCUUGUUGCCCCUGCAUAGAAAACCAAAAAUUGGCUUCCUGCUGCUAGCUACUGCGUCACUAGUUUCGUCCCUGGCUGCAACUGUUAAUUCUUAUGUGAAACAUAUAGGGUCAGGAAAUAUUAUACGUUAUAUAACAGAUCGCAACACAGUGCUUAACGACGGUUCCAACUACUACGGUAUCCACUACAGAGUACCAUCAUUCUGUAUGGGCCUCGCCUUGGGGUACUUUCUCUUCGAAGUCAAGAUUAAAAGCCAUGAAUUUAUCCCAUCAAAGAGGUUCUGGUGGCUGGGAUGGACGACCUCAGUAUUGAUGUUAAUUGGCUUCGUCCUCGUCACUGCUAUUGUAUGUGACCCUAACCACAAGUUCUCUCCUUGGCUCGACCCUCUCUACCUUGGCUUCCAGAGGCCUGUGUAUUGUGCCGCAGUGGGCUGGAUCAUAUUCGCUUGCUCCUUAGGUCAUGGCGGUCUCGUAAACCGGUUCCUAUCAUGGACUGUCUUCCGACCUCUCGGUAAACUAACGUAUUGUGUGUUCCUUAUACACAUUAUUUUCGUGUACGGUCAAGUGUACAGUAUUCAGGACCCCGUAGUUUAUAGCUUCAUUGAUAUGUUAUACCUUCUAAAUGGAGACCUGAUGAUCAGCUCUGCCGUGGCUUUCGUCUCUUACCUUACUGUGGAAGCUCCGUGUAGUAGAUUAGCAUCCUACCUGCUCUCCGGCAAAAGCACGAAAUGAAGACGAAAUUGGCUCAAAGAUAUUUAUUCUGCAAAAAAUUGGAAAAUAUAUUAAUUUUCUUAUUA